GUUGACACAUGCAGCUGUUCAAAAAUAGCAGUCUACCAGAAUCUUCCCCCCCGAGUGGUCCGCAGAUAAAGGCAGGAAAGCUCACUUCUUCUCGGGUCAGGGUGAGCGGUUUGAUUCUCUGCAAUGACCCCGUGCUGGUUCCCGAUUGUUCUGGAUAAACUGAAGAUCACUGAAAUCAACAAUUAGACACCUAUCGCCACCAUGGAGCCUUUUUCUGACCACUUUAUGGAAUUCCACCCCAUCCACGGCACCAACGUCCGGCUGGACUAUUCAGGAACCCAGGCCACGCGGGUGGAGAGCUUCGCCAACGGUGUCUGCUUCAGCAAACACCCUCUGAACCCGGGCGAGAUCUUCCUGAUUGAAAUCGAGGACAAAGAACUCGGAUGGUGCGGCCACCUCCGGAUUGGCCUGACCUCCCAAGACCCCAAAAACUUGGACGUAGUUCCGGAAUAUUCCAUACCGGAUUUAACAGACCAGGGUGACAGCUGGGUAUUUGCCAUAACUCGGAAUCACAAUAAAAUUACAGAAGUGGAUCAAGAGGCAGCAGGGGAAGGUGAGGGAGGAGGUCACAGACUUGGACGUGGCGAACCUGAAGAACAAGUAGAAGUAGAAGAAAACUCCAAACCCAAAGCUUUUUUCACUGACUCUCACCUGUUCGUGGACAAUGUCCGCAUCCCCAAGGACAAAUUGGUUGGAAGGAGUAGACCGGGUCGCUUCAGCCACAUUUUGGACGACUUGUAUAAGACUAAUGCUCUACCUCCGACGGCCAGGAGGAGCAGGAUUGGGGUGCUGUAUGUGCCGAAGGGGCGGGGCCUGGCAGACAUGCACAUCAUCAUCAACGGAGAGGACAUGGGCGCCUCAGCCAGGGGCAUCCCAACCAUCCAGCCGCUGUAUGCCGUGGUGGAUGUGUUUGCUGCAACUAAAUGUGUCAGGAUAGUACAAGUAGAGUAUGGAUUCUCCUCCUUACAGACGCUGUGUAGGAAAGCCAUUCAGAAGCACAUUGUCCACAGGAUGGCCAUAGACUGGCUGGAGCUGCCUGAAGCUCUCAAACACUACUGCAAGUAUGAGUGAACAACACCGAAAAUGACAGACAGCACUGAGAUGUAUACAAUAUGUUUUAGUAUUUAAUGUAUUUAAACUUUCUGAAUUAAAAAAUGCACCAUCAAUAACAUUUGUUCUUGUUUUUGUGGAAUGUCCUGUUGGGAACUAUGGGAGUUUUCAGGUGGAAGGUCCAAAACUUUUAGAAACUGUUGUUGUUCAGUCUGAAAUAUUCCACAAAAUUAUUUUAAAUUCAGCAGUCUCCAUGGAGACAAGGCAGGAAGGUCACCCCAUCCAGCCAAACUUUAGUGCUCUUCCUCAGCUUUCCAUGGCUGUAUAUGAUAUGGUCCUGGCCCAGUCCCGGUCACCUGGGCCGGCUCAAACCGACAGAGCGAGGUUGAUGCGGGAGUGCCAGCCCAGAGGCAGCUGCUGCUGGUACUGAGCCUGAAUUGAAAUCACGCUGAAAUCAAGGCAUACUGUGAACAGUAGGAAUGUAUUCUACACUCUUCAGUCUUCAUGCCAGUCUCUAUUUGACAUGGACAGACCACAUAUUCAUGUUGUUCUGUUGUUUUUAGUUCAUUGAAAAAAAAUGCUAAUUUUCAUUUCAGCGUGUUUCUAAUGUAAUUUUCUUACGUGAUUCAUUUCCACAUGUUUCUUACUUGAUUUGCAAAGGAGCAAAAGCUACUAUUGUUAAGUGACAUAUGAGUAAAAUAUGAGUUCAGAUGUCCUGACACAAGUGUGUGAAGCCUGUGGAGUUUAAGGGCCACUGCUGUCCACUGCUCUGUUUAGCUGUGCAUAUGACUGAAAGUGUUUUUUCUGCACUUUUCUCUUUUAAUGUUCAUUUUAUGAUGAUUGUUUGUGAUUAUUUCUGUUUUGAGUAGUUUUAUUGUGAUUUUAAUAUCUUUCUUAUUCUGUAAAGCCCUUUGAAUUACUUUGUGUAUGAAUUGUGCUAUACAAAUAAACUUGACCUGCUAAACCU